AUGUCAGCAGAUACGACAGAACAUCAAGACGAAGGUUUUCUUCGUGGGUAUAAACCACGUUCCUAUCCAGCACAGCAACAGCCUAGAACACCUUCACCUGCUCCUCGUUAUAAUAGCACUCGUCCUAGUUAUAAUAAUCGUACAACAUCUACCAACGCAGACCACAGCAACAACAAAGAUGAGUUUUCUUCAUCCAUUUCAUGGCCCAUCAUCUUGGCUGUGAUUCCAACAUUGGGUGCCUUUGUGGCAGGUAGUGCUGAAGUGUGGAGCGACUUUAUCAUGAUACUCUUGAUCUUGUAUUAUGUAUAUAAAUGGAUAACAGUGCCAUGGUCCUAUUACGAAAGCGCCAGAUCACGACGCAUGAUUCACCAAUACGCUGCUCACCAUCAACAACAACAGCAACACAUGGACUCUAAAAGAAAAGAAUAUGCUAUGAAGCGUAAAGCUUCCGUUGAAGAAGAGUUAAGGAGGCAUGAACUGAUAGGUUUGGCUUGGGUCAUCAUGUCACCUGCAGUUGCCGGCUAUACACUACAAUACAGCCGAUAUUUUCUAAGCAAUUACGAAAAGUACAUGAGUACCUUUAAUGUUACUGUAUUUGUAUUAGCUGCGACAUUAAAGCCGUUGGUACAUGUCAUGGCUCUACUACGGGAAAGAACGCUGUUCUUACAGAGCGAAAUACAAGUCGAUGAAACAGAAAUCGAAGUACUGCAAAAGAAGAUUGAAAUGAUGGAAGAUGAAAUGGAUGGGCUGAGAAAGGCGUUUGCAACCAAGCGGGAUCUUGGACAGGUUGCUCAGGGUAUUGCACCAAGUAUUCAGCAAUUGAGCAAAGCAAUGAAACGAUUUGAAAAGAAGGAAACGUCGCUUCGUUCAUGGUCAGAGGAGAGAUUUACAGAAAUCGACCAAAAAGUACAAGACUUUGAUCAAUUCAUAUGCUACAGUAUCGAGCAAGAUCAACGUAAAUCAGCACAACGUGUAUUAGUGACACUCAUGUUCUUGCCCAUGAAUGUGUGUUUCUGGGCAGCUAGAAGAAUGACAGGAUUGCUACCUAUCCCUAGAGCUUUAUUAAAUCUAACCACCUCACCGCCUGGAAUCAAGACGAGAACAGCUAGACAUUUAACACACACAGAUCUAACGGGUGUGUAUCGUGAUACUAGUGGUGUCAAUAGGAGUACCACGGUCAGAGGUCCUUCUGAAGUGAGUAGUUCGGGUGAGGAACCGGCAUUCGGUGUUGGCGCUGCUGGGAUGAGUGGUGUGAGAUCAUCUUGA